GGGGGACAGGUAAAAAAGGAAGAGAGAGCUCCUGGCCAGAGCUGUGACAUGAACUGAGCGUGCUGGGGAGCAGAGAAGCGCAGAUCAGUGGCUGGAGCCCCCAGCUCACAAAAGGAAGAGGGCUACAGCAGGGCAGCAGAGUGGCCGGAGCAGUCACCGCAGUCACAGUGCCAUCCCCUGGACUCAGAGGCCAUGACCAGACCCUGGGGGCUGUUCUUGCUCCUCCUCACCAUCGCAGUGGCCCUGGUGACCAGUAUAGACCCAGCCAAGAACAGAGUGAAUAUUUUGAGGCCGUUCAAGUCCGUCAAGUUCUCAGAUGCAAACAUGAGGCAGUGCCUGUGGUUUGCCAUGCAGGAAUACAACAAAGAGAGUGAGGACGAGUACAUCUUCCUCGUGAGCCAGAUCCAGCUGGCCCAGAUGCAGAUCACAGACCAUAUGGAAUACAUAAUUGAGGUCGAAAUUGCCCGAAGUAAUUGCAGAAAGCCUCUAAACAACAAUGAGAACUGUAUCAUUCAAACAAACUCCAACCUGGAAAAGAGAGUGAAUUGCAGCUUCCUGGUGAUAGCACUUCCCUGGAAUGGUGAAUUCUCGGUGUUGAAGAAGGAGUGCAGGAAGAUCCAAGUCUGAGGGUCGUCUGGAGAACACCCUACUACCCUGGCCUUCUGAAAUAAAAGCAAGGGUGGUGCCAGUGUCACC